CAUCCAUCUAUACCUCCAAGUAGCUUCGCUCAAUAGCCAGGCAAACAGAGACAGAACCCCUCGUGCGUCUUCAGCUUACCGUCUUUAAUUACAAACACACUCUCGCUUCUACUUCUCCGAUCUUGUCAUGUCUAGAAACAGACUCAACGAUAUUAGGCCAGCAGCCCAAAGCGCCUACCCAGAAAGCGGUGACUUCAGGACUGGUUCGCCCAUCAACGGGGCUUACGCCAACCGUGGUCCAGAGGGCCAGCAAUAUGGCGCAGGCGCUUAUCAGAACAAUACUACUGCCGGUGCUACGGCAGGCAACCCAUAUGCACGCUCAGGUCAGGCCGGUGCUGCCGCUCCGCAAGCGUACGAAAUGCAAACCAUGCCCACUCAACCUGUUGAGAGCAUGAAUGACUUUUACCAGCGCAUCGGUGAAGUGCGCACUGCCAUCGAGCAGUUCAACUCCAAUAUCGAUCACAUUGAAGGUCUGCACGCGCGUUCGCUAACAGAGAUUGGCGAUGAGCAGUCUGCUUGGAAUCAUCGCGAACUCGAAAAGGCUUCCACCGAGACACGCAUCUUGCAAAACAACAUCCGUGACGCCAUCAAGAAGCUCGAGCACACGACAAGCAGUAUGCAGGCCGGACCAGACAACAAGUCGCGUGUGCUGCAGACAAAUCAGACGAAGAAGAAGAUGCUCGAAACCAUCAAGCGAUUCCAGCGCGUCGAAGUGGAGUACAAGAACAAGUACCGCGCGCAGCAACGUCGACAAGUUGAAAUCACAAAUCCCAACUUGACCUCAGAGGAGAUUGAGUCAAUCGUGGACUCUGAUCAAGGGCAACAGAUCUUCGCAGAAGCCACUAUGAAGACCAACAGACACGGCGAGGCACGAUCUGCUCUCAGAGAGGUCCAGGAACGUCAUCAAGACAUCAAGAAGAUCGAGAAGACUAUCGCCGAGCUUGCCGAGUUGUUUGCAGACAUGAAUGUGAUGAUGCAGGAACAAGCACCCAUGGUCGAGACAAUCGCCGAACAGGCACAAGCAACAAAGACAGACGUGCAGGAGGGAAACAAGCACAUCGACAAAGCGGUUGUGUCUGCACGUGCCGCACGAAAGAAGAAGUGGAUUUGCUUCUGGAUUGUGGUUGUCAUCAUCGUUGCUGUGGCUCUUGGAGUGGGCCUCGGAAUUGCAAGCAGCAAGGGUAAGCUCUAGAGUUUCAGCUUGCCUAGUUAUUCUCGAUCGCCGGGCGCUCGAACUCUCGUCAACCCGGAAACGGUCUGUAGCAAGCAAGGCCUUCUGCUUUGCGCUAAGUGGCUUUUCGCAAAUAGUAAUGUUUGGUCUCUCGUCCUAG